AUGUCUUGCUAUGACCUGUGCUCCACUGCUGUUGGUGGCAUCAACCAUCCCCAGCCCCUCGCUAACAGUGGGAAUGAACCGUGCGUCCGUCAGUGCCCUGGCUCCACGACUGUGAUCCAGCCACCCCCUGUCGUCGUCACCUUCCCUGGCCCCAUCCUCAGCUCCUUCCCCCAGGAUUCGGUUGUGGGAUCCUCUGGAGCACCCACCCUUGGGGGCUAUGGGGGCUCCCUGGGCUAUGGGGGUUAUGGCUCCUCCCUGGGCUACGGGGGUCUCUAUGGCUAUGGGGGCUAUGGCUCCCUGGGCUAUGGGGGUCUGUAUGGAUAUGGGGACUCCUCCCUGGGCUAUGGGGGUCUGGGGGGCUAUGGGGGCUCCCUGGGUUACCGGGGCCUGUAUGGCUAUGGUAGAUCCUAUGGUUCUGGCUCUUGCAGCCCUUACUCCUACCGGUACAGCAGGUACCGCCGUGGCAGCUGGGGGCCCUGCUAA